AUGCCGUUAUUUAAGAAAGUAGCAAUAUGUGAUCUUUCUAAAAAAUACGGAGACCAACAGCGUGGCAUGGUAACACUUGAACUUAUUUAUCAAGGUGAAAAAGUUUACGAGUGUGAUCCUGCAACAUGCAGUUACUAUCCAGAUGAUAAUCUACGAUUCAAAUUUACUCGAAAAAAACUUGUUGGAUUGAUGGAAAUGUAUCCACAAGCAUCUGAAUAUAUUCGAAACUAUGCUGUUAUGAUCGAAGACGAUUUCUUCGCUCUUCCAUACUGUACUCUUACACAAGAACUGACCGAUGAAUGUGCUUUGUUCAAUCAUUCGUGUGAGCCUAAUUGUGAUGUUGAAGGACCGAGUAAUGGUUGGAUAAUAACAGCCCGACGUGAUAUUAAGGUCGGAGAAGAAUUGACUAUUCAUUAUGGUAUCUUCGAAACUGAAAACAGUCUUAUGGCAGGUACUCAAUGCAUGUGUAGUGCCGAUAAUUGUGUAGGUCAACUUCGAUUUGAUUUUUGGCGCGAUCAUGAAUGGCAACGCAAAUUUGAACAUAUGGCAAGUCCAUACAUUCAGAAGAAGAUUCGUGAAUUGCGCACAACGGCAUCGGAUCAAAACGGUUCCGAUUAA